AUGACUUGCAAGAGAUUUCAAAUAGUGUUUGUUGCAUCGGAAGUUUCUCCAUGGUCACAUACUGGUGGCUUAGGUGAGGUUUUGGGUGGAAUUCCAGCUGCAUUAGGUAAAAUGGGUCAUCGUGUAAUGUGCAUCUCACCUAGAUGGGAUCAGUAUUCAGAUGCUUGGGAUACAAGUGUACAUUUUGAUUUUGAAAUUGAUAACAGGAUUAUAACUACAAGAUAUUUCCACACAUUUAGAAAUAACGUUGACUAUGUCUUUGUCGAUCAUCCACUUUUCUUAGAACGUAUAAAGGGACUAACACAAAUGAAAUAUUAUGGUCCACAGACUGGCAUUGAUUGGCCUGACAAUCAGAUUAGAUUUGUUGUAUUCUCACAUGCUGCACUUAUUGCAAUCUUGAAGUUACCAUUAAAUGGAUAUCCUUAUGGUGAAGAGUGUGCAAUAGUAUGCAAUGACUGGCAUACUGCACUACUACCAGCAUUGAUUGCUCAAGAAAGAAAAAAAAGUAGAUGCCUUAAAACCUGUAUAUUUCUUUGCAUACAUAAUAUUGUUUUUCAAGGAAGAUUUCCCUAUGAAUCGCAGCAGAAGAUGUAUGGAAUAGAUGAAGAUAUAUUCAAGGCAUAUAUUUGUUACCAGUCUCUCAAAGUAGGGUCUAAAUCACCAAAAACUGAUAUUAUUAAUUGGUUGAAAGGUGGAAUAUAUUUCGCUGAUAAAGUUCUAACGGUCUCCAAGGCAUUUGCAGAAGAAAUUGUUCAAUGUCCAUCUAGAGGCAUUGAAUUAGAUGAAGAUCUACGUUCCAAGGGAUGUGUUGGAAUUCUUAAUGGUCUCAAAGAUAUUAUCUCUCCAAUGAACUUGAAACUCUGUAAAGCCGCACAAAUCCCUACAUAUAAUAUUUAUGAUGUAAAUUUUAAAAAAACCAUUUGCAAGUCUUCAUUUCAAGCAGCAAUUGGAAUGACUUCAAAUCCCACUGUACCUAUAUUUAUUUUUAUUGGUAGAUUUGAUGUACAAAAAGGGUGCGAUGUAUUUUUCGAAGCUAUUAGAAGAGUAUUCGGAGUAAAAGGAGCUAAUGGCCUGAAUUCUACAAUAAGUACGGGGAUUUCUACUCCCGAAGUAGAAUUUGAAGAUAACAAAACUACUCAGAAAAAUAUGGAUAUGCAAUCAGCACAUAUUGUAAUGAUGGGAUCAGGUAUCCAAAGUUUUAUUCAACAAGCAGAGGAGUUAGAAAUGUUGUUUCCAAAAAGGUUUAAAGCAACAUCUUAUGUUAAAGGAGGUUUGAAGUAUCUAGCCUUGGCAGCAGCUGACUUUUUAGUUGCGCCUUCUAGAUUUGAACCAUGUGGCUUGGUUCAAAUGGAAGCAAUGAGAUUUGGAUGCUUACCUGUCUGCACACCUACUGGUGGAUUCAAAGAGACAGUCGAACAUAUGAGAACUGGAAUUCAUCUUGAUCGAGAAAUUGAGCUGGAAAGUGUUGUUUCAGAUAGCUCAGUAACUUCACUACUUAAUGCAAUGAGUACUGCAUGCUCAAUAUACAGAUAUGAUACUGAAAAGUUAGAUGAAAUGAGGAGAAGAGCUAUUGAAACUGCCCAUAAAUUUACUUUGACUGCAACUGCUAUAAAAUAUGAGCAGAUGUUUGAAGAAUGCAAUACGAAUCUAUUUUUUGACGAUCUUCGAUUAUUACUUAGCGUAGUUCCUACCUUUUAA